AUGUCAAUGUCUAUGUCUGGAAUUGUUGGAUUAGUUGGAAGUAUUCUAAUGCUCUGGUUUCUUCACAAAAAGAAAAGGAUAAAGUCUUUCAUAAGGACUUUGUCAUCAGAAAAAAACUUCCACACCUAUCUCAAAAGUUUAGCCAUUUCCGAUGUUCUCUGUGUUUUAAUAUCGCUCCCGUCAGUUUGCGUUCAGUUCUAUAUUGAUGUGUUUGAGGGUGACUGGGGUUGCAAAAUAGCACGUUACUUACAAAUCGUAUUUCCGUCUGUUACUAUGAACAACUUGUUGAUAAUAUCUAUAGAAAAGUAUUUCUCAACUCGUAAAGUUCCCCGCCCAUUUUUUUAUUCCACCGUAAAGAAACUGGUAUUACUUGCAUGGAUUGUGGGGGUUGUUUUUGUGUUUCUUCCAGCAAGUACCUUUACACAAAUAAGAUAUGAAUACAACGCAACUCAUUACACUUUGGAUUGCAAAUACGACAAGCAGUACUUUCCAUACAGAAUCAUUUUCAUUUCCUUCAUAACUAUGCAGUAUAUUAUACCGAGUUUCGUCACAUUAAUAAUAAGUGUUUGUCUCAUCAAAACUGUGAUGGCAACCACAAAAAAAAGUAUAAACGUUUUCAAAGACAAUGCCAUCAAAAAAAUGUUAAGGGCCGCUCAAAGAAGAGCAACAGUUAGUGUUAUUUUACUUGUAUUGGCAUUUGUUAUUCCAUACUGUUUUUAUUUUGGUCAGGUAUUCUACACCAUGGCAACACAAGAUGACAUUAGGUAUGAAACCGACUUCCUCAUUCGUUAUUCAAGUGCAGUUUUAGCCUACUCAAACGGCGCUAUCAAUUUUUUCAUUUACUUGUUCUCACUGAGGGAUUUUCGUUCUUUUCUAAAAGAACACUUAGUUUUCAGAUUU